AUGGUGGCAAGUGUCGCAAACAAUGGUGCCACACGGCUACUGGAUCUUCCCAACGAGAUCCUCCAGAUGAUCUUUCGAGAGGCCUACAAGCGUCUGCGUCUGGGCUGCAAGUACAGCGGAACCUCUGAUCAGACAGCGUUGAUAACAUAUCCCUCUGUCCUAUUGGUGUCGAAGUGCUUCUAUGCGAUGGCUAAGGCGGCAGCCAUCGAGGAGGGCACUGUUGAUCUUGGUGGACCGAGGUUCAAUUUCUCGGGUAACUUAUGCCUCUCGCCAAGUUUCCACUUGGUCCAGCAUCUCGAGGCGACCGGCAACAACUGGGAUCCCUGGCAAGCGAAGGCUACUGAGGCUGUCAUGAUGGCUAUCAAAGCAGCGACACAGCUGAAGACCUUGCAUUUGAACAUAGGAACGAUAUACCUGCCUCAUAUUCGGGCUCAUGGGUGGCCGUUGCGGAAGGAGGCCCGGUCACGCUCAGUCUCGCGAUGGGGACCCCAGAGACUGUCAAGAGCAUCAAAGCCCACCAUCACCUUCUGGAUCGUUCAGGAGUGGAAGAAGCGAGAUCGCGCAUUCGAGAUCUGCAUGGAGAUGGUGUUGAAGGCCAACCCUACACCGACAGACGAACACCAUCACCGUUUUUGGAAUAUGGUCUUCAGCACUCGCACUAACAACGUGGCCUUCAUGCCCGGCAAAGACAACCGCAAUCCCAUGAAGGAUGACUCGGAGUUCGAUAUGACAAUGGAUCCGGGGUACCUGGAGUCGCUGUUCGCGGACAGAAAAAGACUUUAG